AUGGACGAAAAUAAUUUAAUCGUAAUUGGAUCUGAUGAAUCUGAUUCAGAUGAAGUGGUGAUAAUUGGUUCGGAAGGCUUAGACGAUACAAAUGAUGGUGAUGUUAUUUUUGUUUCUCAGGGAUGUUUAGAAGAAAAAGUGAAAGCUGUUCUUAGUAGAAGAUGCUUAGAGAGAUCAGUGAAGUGCCUAGAAAGUGGAUGCAAUAAUUUUUAUUCAAAGCAUGAAUUAAAGCGUUGUCUACCUGCAAUGAUUGUAGACAUCCUUGAAGAGGUUCUUGAACAGUAUUAUGUAGAUUUUAUAACAAAUAUGUUGAUGAAGUCAUAUUCAACCAGUGAUGCUUCUGCUGGACCUGAUAAUGAAGUGACCUCUGGAGAAAUGGAACGACCUCGUAAACGGUUAGCAGUCAGCUAUGACAGUUAUGACAGUAUACCAGAAAACUGGGUUGAAAUGGAUCAAAAGUUUAGCAAUCAAUUAUUUGUUCUGGAUACUGAUUCUCAAGAAUAUGCAACAGUGUCUGGUAUGUUUCUCUCCACAAUGCAUUAUCCAGCAACAGAAAUUGUACGAAUCUCUCGGAUCCAAAAUCCUAUUCUUUGGAAGUAUUAUUGUUUAAAAAAGCGAGAAAUGGUGCAAGAAAAUGAUGGGCUGAAUGUUGAGGAAAGACAAUUAUUCCAUGGAACAAAGAGUAAAGUUGUAGAACCUAUUUGCCGCAAGGGAUUUGACUGGCGACUCUGUGGCAAACAUGGCACAGUUUAUGGCCAUGGUUCCUAUUUUGCUGGUGAUGCAUCUUAUUCCCAUCAAUUUACUGAUGAUAUUAGGAUCAAGCGUCAGCGCCCAAUCCCGGCAACUCGUGUUCAUUCAGGAGGCAUCACCAAUAGCAUGACCACAAAAGUGUACUGCAAUCCUUACAGCAAGAAUGCUUAUGUAAAGUUUAGUCCAAGUAUCAAUAUACCAACCAUGAACCCAUCAGCUUCUCUACAGCUGACAGGUUAUACAAGUUCAGUGACUACUUACACUGCCCAGGGAAGCAUCAUGGCUAGCUCUAGCACUAAUCCAUUUGUUAAUCAAGCAAUUCUAGGAGCUUCAGCCCCAGCAUCAAGUGUAUGCUUGCCGACCAUCAAAACGACCGGUCCCCCUAACACUGCUGUGAACAGAGUGACACCACACAGGAUUAAUAAUAAGUAUGGAACCAUUGUCAUGAUGCCUGUUACUGACAAUGAAAAGAACCAAAAUGUACAAAACAUAUCUAAUGUGAUGGAUACUUCCUCAGUAGGCAUCUCACAAAAUGUCCCUUCUUCCUCGGCAUCAUCUCCAACUCCAUCUACUUAUUCAGUACAAAACAUUAGUGUCUCUUUCCCAUCCACAUGCAAUUUAAAUCCUGCGGUAUCUGCAAACAAUACCGUUCUUCAGUCCCCUUUGGUAUUAUCAGCUCCACACAAACAGCUGGUUCAUCAACAACUACAAACUGUUCCGGCCACCAGCACUCCACAGCAAAUUCCUCUAGUUGUUCCUUUUCAAACUGGAACUACAGUCAAUCCAAAAAGCCAUUUGGCUUCUCAUUCACACUCCAAAUUGAUCUUUGGAGCUUUAUCACAAUCACAGCAAAAGAUGCAACAACAACAACAGCAGCAGUUGUUACAACAGAUUCAACAACGACUUCAGACACAGCCUGCACAACGACUCCAGCAAGCCCCAUUACAAUCUCAGCAGUUACAAAAAGCUCAGCAACCAUUGCUGCAGUUGCAAGCUGUGCAACAACUGCACUCAUCUGCCCAGAUGCCAAGCCAAGUGUCUCAGUUAGCUUUACCUCAACAGCAGCAGGCACAGUCUUUACAGCCUCAACCACUGACUGCACCAACCUUACAACAAGUGAGUACAUCAACAACACAGCUGAUAACUUUGAAUGAAUUUCUUAGCCCAUUUCAAGCUGGAGCUUCAACUGCUAAGGUGAAUGUGGCUCCUCAUACCCAGCCCAAACUAGUUUUUGGGAGAGUGCCCUCACAACAGCCAGCGAUAGGACAAUCUCCUUCCCAACAGACCCAAUCCCAGUCACAACCUCCCCAACAACAUGUGCAAGGAACUCAGCAACCUCCACACCAUCUCCACCACCAUCACCACCACCACCAUCAUCACCAUCACCACCAUCCUCAUCACCACCAUCACCAUCACCAAGCACAACAGCAGAGCCCACAAAUAUUUCUAAGGAAGGGAUUUGUCGUUCCCUUUCCAGCUGGAACAUCAGCUCCAAAAGUCAGUUCAGCUGUCCAUCCUCAGUCCAAAUUGGUUGUCAAGGUACCUCCACAACAACAACCACAACAGCAACCACAACAGCAGCAACCACAGCAGCAGCAACAGCAGCAGCAGCAGCAACCAACUCCAGCACAUACACAACAACCAGCUCCAGCACAAAUAAUGCCGGCACAGCCAGCCACAAAUUCCCUCCAACUCUAUUGUCAGAGUGGAGAACCACAUUCAACACGAACCUCUAUACCUACAAGCUGCACUCGCAAAAUGUUCAUUGCCAAAGUGUUGGUGGGCAAAUAUACUGGAGGCAACAGCAGUCUAAAAAAAGCUCCACCUCUCUACCCUUGUGCUGAACCAUUUGGAAAAUUGGCUUGCAAUGUGUACCUUUCCUCCACAUCAAUAUUUCUAUGUCUAUCUUUCUUUUCUUUUCUCUUUCUCUGA